AAAAAAGUACACUAGUUAGUUUCUGUUCAUUUUAUUAAGGUCGCAUCUUUUAUUAAAUUAUUAAAAUGAUUUUUGUAGGGUUUGGGGCCUUAUUCAACAAGCAUAAAGAAAGUUGAGAAGGAAAUCAAGGAAAUGGAAAACAUGAUAAAUGAUUUAUGUGGUAUUAAGGAAUCUGAUACUGGGUUAGCUGCACCAAGUCAAUGGGAUCUUGUUUCUGAUAAACAGAUGAUGCAGGAGGAGCAACCUCUUCAGGUGGCGAGGUGUACAAAGAUAAUUAGUCCCAACACUGAAGAUGCAAAAUAUGUUAUAAACAUCAAGCAAAUCGCAAAGUUUGUUGUUGGAUUGGGUGAUAAAGUUUCACCAACUGAUAUAGAAGAAGGCGUGCGAGUCGGUGGUGGUGGAGAAACUCUUUUGAGGACUGUGACUGAGGAGGCGGAGGAGGAGAAAAAGCCGCCGUAAAGAUGAGGUUACAACUACUACCGGUGGUGGCGCUGCCGCUACUCAUCGGCAUUCUGUUUUAUGGUCCCAGCUCUGUAUAGAUUGAGGUUCACCAGCAGUAAAUGCAGAAUUAAACAAAGAGACUAAGAAAAGAAAAUACUUUGAUUAUGGAAAAGAAGAUAUGAAAACAACCUAAUCCAUAAAUUACUCUUGUCGCAUUAUCUCUGUUUCUUCCUUGUUCCUAUAUCAUUCCUCUCCACUGAUUUGUACGACAAAUUAAGUUAUGCAAUUUUACUAUGUU